GCAUUUCAGAAUCAAGAAGCUUGCUGACAACUCACCAGUAGCAUGGCUUGUUCUGUCUUUGGGCUGACACUUGCAAAUGGUUGACGACUAUCGAAUCAUGAAAACAUCUCUCACUACAUCCAUUGCCCAGCAUGGAGUCCGCCAUACGGUUUUCAGUUAAUUCGGUCCAGAACUCGGAACAGCGCUUCCUGCACGUUGAUGUGAUUGGAAAGUCUUUCAAGCUAUGCAAAGUAACCAGCCAAACAAAAACAGACGUCGAAUAUGAGACGAUUCACACCUCCACUAAGGUUCCCGCUUUCAGGGCAUUUGAUUGGCACCCUAUCCACGAGGAUCUGGUGGUGGUGGGACAGGCUGGCGGGGAGGCAACAUUGCUCAACAUUGCAGAAGGCCAGCAAGACUCUCUCUCGUUCCAGGUACGGAGUCAACGACUGUGCAAUGCGGUGGCUCUCAACACUCAGAAUCUCCUGGCCGCUGGUCUGGACAGAGUCCGCACCGACUUUUGUCUCAAUAUUUGGGACUUUAACCAACGACUUCCACCUGCAGGCUCAAAAGGUUUCGUCAAAAGCUACGCCGAACCUAUCCACAAGUUCGCUAGCGGUGAGCCCAUCACGAGUUUGAAGUUCUUCCACAAUGACCCGCAGCUGCUGGUGGCUGGCGUCAAAGGCCAAUUCGUCAGACUGUAUGACCUGCGGGAACCUGCUGCGGGAAAUGGAUUGCAGUUCUCCACACGUUGUGUACAUAACCUGGCAAUUGAUUGGCACGAUGAGAAUUACUUUGCGUCUUGCUACCCAAACAACGAUCCUGCCAUCUGUGUCUGGGACAGACGCAUGAUAUCACGAGUCAAUCCUCCGCACAUGAGCUUUGGUACUGGUACCCCGCCAGAGUCCAGACAGCCCGAGGUGUCACUCGAAUUUCAGAAUCCGGUCCAAGUCCCAGGGGUCAUCUGGAGUCUCCGAUUCAGCAAAUCUCAACGCGGUUGUUUGGGCGUCUUGUCCAGCACCGGCCACCUGAAGACAUAUACCAUCACAAAAGAAUACACCCCUCCCACCCAUCACAACGGCCAUGACCCUGAGAACGACUCUUCUUGGGAUUCGAUGCCACCUCAGGAUAUCUUCCUCGAUCGUGUCCAAGAAAUCGCCCCGCCAUAUUCAAACACUUCCACUGCAAAAGAUGAAAAAGCUCGUGUGGUGUCCUUUGACUUCACCACGGCUAUCGACAGACAGGGCCAACCACAGAUCAUGACUCUUGACGGACAUGGUCAUAUCAACAUCGUGGCCACGCGGCCAUUACCAGAGCCCAGUUCGCUAUCGUCGAUCGGUCAGUUCUUCAAGGGUAGUCUACUGGUGGAUGAAGCAGUCUCCAGCACCCCGGACCCUGGAGAAGCUCUAAGACGCGUUCGUGGUCAAGCACAGCAAGAAAAUAAGCUGAAAAAACAGAUCAAGCAAGCACGACAGUCCAAGAGCUCCACCAACAAGAGAGCAUCGAGCUUAGAAGACCAAGAAUGGCACUCGGAUCUUGGAUAUUACGAAGAGAAUAUCCCGCUUAAUGACGUCCUGACUCUCACGUCAACACAGCGACUUCGAUGCGAGGCAGGCUAUCUUCUGAAUGCCACCAAAAACAAAGCUAUUGUCACCGACUCACAUUGGCUUCAACGAUUGUGGGCAUGGGUCGAGCUGGCUGGAAAGGUUGCCCGACACGGUAAUAUGACGCAGGACAACUUCGAUCUAUCUUACAUGGGUGUUUAUGGCUUGUGGAUGGAGGAUGUCAACCCAAAGAACCGAACACUGGGACCAACCUCCCACAAACUGGCCAAGAUCAUGGAAAACCUCGUUCGACGGCUCAACAUUCCCCCAUUACAAAGCGUAACCACGGAGUAUCUCGCGAACCGACUGAUAUGUCUACAUGUUUCCGGCUUAGCAUGGUCCGAAAAGCAAGUUGAAGCGAUUGUCGAUCACCUCGUCCAGCAGAAGGACCAAGUAGCCAAAGCCGCAGCAUUGGCCAUGUUCACCUCACACCGCAAGUAUGCGUACAAGGCGCUACGGAGUGCCAACGCCAGUCAACCCCACAAGAUGCUCGCCAUGGCCAUUGCAGGUGCCGCCAAACGAGGGCGCAGGAACGAGGAGGGUGCGAUAUCAACAGACGACGACAGCAACACUGAGGACGAUUGGACCGAGACGAUUGCAUCUCUAGCGGAAGACCUCACUGAUCCAUUUGCACGCGCGAUCCUCACAUACGUGCGCUCUGGCGACUGGGCCAGCGUUGUGGAAGAAGAAUCUCUACCCCUUAAAUACCGUAUAUGCAUAGCGCUACGACAUCUCGACGACUCCAAAUUAACCCAGUACAUCUCUCACGCCACACGAGACGCGAUCUCCAGAGGCGACAUCGAAGGCGUCAUCCUCACCGGCACCGCCUCACAGGAAGCAUUCGAGCUUAUGGCAAACUACGUACGGCAUUUUGGAGACUUGCAGACCGCAGUGUUGGCGCUUUGCCCCGCUAUACCACGGUACGUCGACGACGAAAAAGUCGUACGCACAUUUACAGCGUGGAGGGAGACAUACCGACACUGGAUCAACUCAUGGAACUUGAAAUUCGACCGUGUCCGCUUCGACAUUGCCUGUCAGAGCGCAGCCGUCGAUGAAUCUGGACGCGGACUGGUACCAGCGGCAAAACAACAAGUCAAGCUCGUAUGCGGAUUCUGCGCACAAGGAAUCGCACGCUCUAGCCAGAAUUUCGGACACGGCGGCGACGCUGCCACUUCUGCCUCUGCCAACGACACAUCCGGAGAACCCAAGACGAUGGAAAUGGCUAAACAUCCAUUAACGAAAGAAAAAGCCGCCGCGAUUGGAACAGUAUGUCCGAAAUGCGGCCGCCAUCUCCCUCGCUGUGGCGUAUGUGAUUUAUGGCUCGGGGUUCCCGACGAAUCAUAUCUGAAAUGGUACACGCAACAGCACCAUCAACAACGACAACAACAACAACAAGACAGGAAUAAAGCUAACGGUUCCAUCACUGGCACCGGUGUCAAGGACGGGAGUGUGGAUCUCAGCGCCAGUAUUGCAGGCAGUGUACAGACAGCACUAAGAACUGGCGGGAGUGCUAUGAUGACUGCUAGGUCCCGAGGUGACACAGCAGGAACAGGCACAGGCACGGGAACAGGACCACCGAGUCGUAAUGAAUCGCCUCGUCCUAAACCGACAACGACGGCAACCAUGACUACAGAAAAAGUGUCGGCAUCGACGACGACGACGACAACGAAACCACAUUUAUCAUCCACAUCUACAUCAUCCAGUGAGCCUCUUUCUCAUCCGCCCGCUGCCGCGGUAGGAGAGGCUGGAGGACGACGUGGCUCGGAAUCAGCUAUCGUCGACAUGGAUCUAACGCUAGCAGAGGUCGAUGAUCAACAUCGGCGCGAAGAAGCGACUCGUAGAUGGGAUGCUACGAUGUCGAGGUUUACAGUUCUGUGUGUUAAAUGUGCUCAUGGUCAUCAUGCCACACAUGCGAAAUUGUGGUUUGAUAAACAUCGCGUUUGUCCUGUGCCGGAGUGUUCGUGUCUUUGUAAUGAAUAGAUAGAUGGUGUGAGGGAUGGAUGGGGUGGGAUGGUGUGGUGUGGUAGGGUAUGAUACGGAGAUAGGAGAGGAUAUAUGAUAUGAGAUGGUGAAAAGAGAGGGAACGAAGGGAUCGUAUCUUGUGUAUGAGAAGGGGUCCCGGGGCCUAUGAAUAUGAUGAUGAUCGAAAGACAUGACUCAAGGGUCGAUCGACAAGAAGGAGCCUCGCUUGGAUAACCGUUCCUGUUGAGCAGUAUAAUACCUAUCCAAAAGAUCAAUCAUU